AUGACCACUGAGCAGGACAGCUUGAAGCUGAUGCAGAUUAAAAUUCUCUACUCAUUCAACAACAGCACCCAAACAACAUAUUUGUGCCGGUCGUCGCAACAAUUUUCUGUACAAACCGUGGAUGUGCCGUUGCAGUCACUGUUAUCAGAAGAACCUGAAAUGAUUACCUUGGGUGCUAUCGAAUUGAAAACAUGUAUACAACAACUUUUACAAGGUAAUCCCGAAAAUUUCAAACUUCACUCUGAAGAUUACGCAGUAUACUACAAGGACAUCACAGAGCAGCCAGAAGAACCGUUUGUAAGCAAUGGUGUACUAUCUGCGCUACUUACAAGUGAAGACUCAUGCCUCAUACCAGGUAGAGUGUGUCAAAACAUGUCAGCGAACGUACUUUUUGGAAAUAAAAAGAGUGCUUUAUUUUCCUCUUCCACAAAAUCAUCGUCGUCAUCAUCAUCACCAUCACCAUCAUUGACAUUAGAGAUUCGUUUAAAACUACACACAAUUGAAGGUCAUGUCGUAAAAAAUGCAGCGCAACCGUAUACACAACAACCACUUCUGCUGCUGCUGCUGCGCCCAGAGCAUCCUAUACAACCGAGCUAUAAAACACGACGUGAAGAACGCAAACGACCUUACGAAAAAAUGGCACAUUCGCAAACACCAUUACCUGCAUCAUUUUCUACAUCUGCAUAUACACCAGCUGCUAAAGCAACUAGAACACUAUCACUUCCUUCAUUUCCAAAUUCAAACUUACAUUCAAACCCAAAUUCUCAUCCUCAUCCUCGCCACACAUACCGCGUGGCUGAAAAGAUAUCAUCGCAAAGGUAUAGCCGGGAUAAUGUCGAGGAUCGAUUCAAACUGGCUCCGUUUUUCCUGGACAAAGUAGUUCUCAGUAAUGCCGAAAAGAGGCAAAAGCGUUCUAUGCCGUCAACGCCUUCAGCGCCAUCAACCCAACACCGACAGAUCCCUUUGUCCUCUACUUCACAGUUGUUGCCUCAAAGAGCUGUAAGAACGCGUUCAAUGUUUACUAAUACGCCAAUUAUGGAGUCGUCGCCAAUACAAGAAGAAUCAUAUUCAUCUGAUGAUCCAGAGUACAAAGUGGGUGAAGACGAGGAAGUUCUUAGACAAAGAAGAAGAAAAAGUGGUAGAAGAAGAAGAGAAGGUGCUGGUGAUGAUAACGACGAUAAUGAUAAUGAUGAUGACGAUGACGAUGACGAUGUUGACGUUGGCGUUGAUGUUGAUAUUGAUGACGAUGACGACGACGACGACGACGAUGAAGAUGAUGGAAAUUAUAGUGCUACAUCACCAGCUACACCCCAACAGCCCCCAUAUGUUAGCAAAGAUGUUCCAUUUGAGCUUCCAGAGGAUCUUGAUAGCAAAAGAACUCAUACGAUUCCAAUGUCGAAGUUACCAGAGAACCAUGGUUUGAAAUGUAUCAAUCCAUGUUGCCAAACCCUGACUUCGAUUAAUUGGAAAUACUUCGAGACGGAAUAUAAACCACACUUUUCGGAACUCAUACGGGCGACCGAGUUCAACAAAAAACAUUACGAGGGUAUGCUUGGGCCACUUUGUAAUGCAUGCUUUCUUUUUUACAAAAAUAAAGGUUUCAUGAGACCAGAACAUGUGGUGAGAAAAUAUAACCAGCAGCAACGCUACAACCAAAAACUCAAGAUGAGAAACCCUAAAGACGACCUGGAAUCUAGACCUGCAUUAGGUGUGUUGGUAAACAAGAAAACGUUGGCAUCAUCGCCUGCUACGUUUCCAACACCUUCACAUACACCGUCAGUCAUUAACCAAGCCAUUCAAAACAAGUAUCACUCCGGCACCAACCACAAUUCCAAUACAAACGUCAAUGCAAAUGCAAAUGCAAAUGUAAAUUCAAGUACUAAUCCUACUCCCAUUGGACAGACACCUGAGUAUCAUGAAUUGUUAAACCAGCUUAAUGUUUAUGGAGGGCCAAGUACGGAUAUAGACCCACUUCCCGGUGCAACGCCUCCUGUAGUUGCUGCCAAGUCGAAUACAAGAAUCAUCAACUACGAAGCCCUCGAGGCUAGAAGAGCAACAAAACAGAAUACUCGGAUCAUCAACAUACACAAUGACGAGGACAAAGAAAAUUGUCCUCCUCUUUCGUCGCAUAAUAUUGCACCUAAUGGCUCUGCGAAUCCUCCACCAACAGCAGAAGACUUUACUGAUUUUGAAGCUAUGUUACAGUCCAUCCACGAGGACACAAACACCACUUGGAUGAAUUUCUUUUCAUCUCGCUCUCCUGGGGACCAAAAUAGUCCGAAUUCAAAGACGCCAGUGGACCAAAACCUCAGUUUAGUAAGUGCGUCCAAGUCAACAAAACCAAACACUAACACUAACACUAACACAUCACCCCUGCGGUCAGCGCCAGCGCCAUGCUCAACACUGUCGCUAGCAAACAUGCCAAGCUCGCCAUACCUCUCGGCAGGUUUACACUCUGAAGAGGAAAUUAACGAUGAGUUGCGCCAGUUGGUGAAUAUGAAACAUUCAACGGUAUCUAUGGUAAAUUCGUCACCAAAUCUAGCGAACCGCACGGACACGAGCCACUCGUUGAUGAAUUGGCACCACAGUGGAAAGGGUAUGGAUCCUUCUAAUAAGGAUUUGGCUUCGACACCGGGAAGUGAUAUCUACGUUGAUAGUAGUGCUAACCAUGGUGUUGAAAAGCAAGGUUCUACCAAAGCCAGUGAGGUACUGUUGUUACGAGAAUCGCUGAAUAAUAGUGUGCAAUACAAUUAG